AAGCCCGUGAAUGUUUUUGUAAAACCCUUGGCCACUUCCUGUUAUGCUGUUUGCAUCACUCGCACUCGCUUUGGCCCAUGCUGCAUGUGCAGAGGAUUUUCAGAGUAAAAAAGCAAAGAAGAUGAUUUUGUACCAGGCGAAAAGGAUGAGACUGUUGCUGCUGACAUGUGUACUUCUCUUUAUUCUAUGUCAAACUACUUCUUGGAUUGUCUCUGCUGGGAGUACUGCAGAAAUGUGUUUUCAGUAUAGUUCACAUCAAAUACAAAUAUUGAUUCCUGAAAUUGCAUACCAGCAGAGUUUUAGGAUCUUCUUCAUUCCUACAAAUAAAUCACAAGAAACUGUUACUGGAUGUAAAUGGUCAGACAAGACAAACAACUACAUCUGCAACGCGGCUAGAGGGUACAUCUGUGAAAUUCUUGAAAAUAAGGGCAUUUUGAUUUUGAUACCAGAAUUGCAGCCUGGAAAUUUUUGCCUUCAGAUCCGCAAAGCAGGUGUUCAUUGCAUUUGUUCAUGGACUGCAAAAGAGUUAAAUAGACUUGGAAGGACUUCCAAUCCUGAUAUGGCUUCAACUGGCUCCAGUAUGCCGUCACCAGGUGGAUUCUUCUUGCUGCUUUGGAUCCUUGGCAUCAGCAUUCAUUUUUGGAAGAAUUUUGGUCAUCUGUGUCUUAAAACACCUAACAAUCCUGACAGCAGUAAGGACUAUACAGAACAGCCAUUAAAUACAGAGCUGGAUGAAAGGGAAGGAGAAAAUAACAGCCUAAACAUGCUUUCAGCUCAGCUCGUCUCAGAAACCAGCAAGAACAGUCCUGAAAGCAGUGAGGACUGUACAGAACAGCCAUUAAAUAUAGAGCUGCAUGAAAGGGAAGGAGAAAAUAACAGCCCAAACAACAGGAGCACUGGAAAUAGCAACUCCUAUCGUCCAAGGAAUUCUGCCAUUCUACAUCAUAGGGGUGCAUACAUAAAAGACAUUUCUUCCCCAUCUCAGACCAACAUACCAGAUCGUGGCUGCGCCAGGGGAGAUGUUUCUGCUGCCUGCGACUGACUAUCACUCAGAGACUACGUCUCUGCUGGAACACGUGGGAAAAAGCCUCGACCAUAAUAUUGUUCAAAAGGGGGGGGGGUGUUUGGUGUUUUACGCCGUGUCAGCAACUGAGGCUAUAUUACGGCAAGCAGCCAGCCCUGUAAAC